GGGGGAGGGGCCGCCAUCCACAUUCCCGGAAGAGGAGCAGCUCUGCAGAGGAGGAGGAAAAAGAGAAAACAAAUCGGAUUUCCUCCCCACUUCGCCCUCCAAACCAGACAAUGAAGAAGGCAGUCAGAAUUCUGUGGGGCCAUGUUCAAUGUGAAUAAUGAAGAAGCCAUUUAAAUACAUGGAGUGUGGAAAGAGAAAGGAGAAACUAUUUGAAAAUAUGGAGUGUGGGAAGAGCUUCAGUCAGACUGGACAACUUAGAAUUCAUCAACGGACUCACACAGGAGAGAAACCAUUUAAAUGUAUGAAGUGUGGAAAGAGGUUCAGUCAGAGUGGAGACCUGAAUUCACAUCAUCGAACUCACACAGGAGAGAAACCAUUUAAAUGCAUAGAGUGUGGGAAGAGCUUCAGUCACAGUGGAACACUUAGAAUUCAUCAACGGAGUCACACAGGAGAGAAACCAUUUAAAUGCAUAGAGUGUGGAAAGAGCUUCAGUCAGAGUGGACACCUUAGAGGUCAUCAACGGACUCACACAGGAGAGAAACCAUUUAAAUGCAUGGAGUGUGGAAAGAGCUUCAGUCACAGUGGAACACUUAGAAUUCAUCAACGGAGUCACAUAGGAGAGAAACCAUUUAAAUGCAUGGAGUGUGGAAAGAGCUUCUCUACUAGUGGAAACCUUAGAACACAUCAACGGACUCACAUGGGGGAGAAGCCAUUUAAAUGCAUAGAGUGUGGAAAGAGCUUCAGUCAGAGUGGAGACCUUAGAAGGCAUCAACGGAUUCACACAGGAGAGAAACCAUUUAAAUGCAUGGAGUGUGGAAAGAGCUUCAGUCAGAGUGGAAAACUUAGAAUUCAUCAACGGACUCACACAGGAGAGAAACCAUUUAAAUGUAUGGAGUGUGGAAAGAGCUUCAGUCAGAGUGGAGACCUGAAUUCACAUCAUCGAAAUCACACAGGAGAGAAACCAUUUAAAUGCAUAGAGUGUGGAAAGAGCUUCAGUCACAGUGGAACACUUAGAAUUCAUCAACGGAGUCACAUAGGAGAGAAACCAUUUAAAUGCAUGGAGUGUGGAAAGAGCUUCAGUCAGACUGGAAAACUUAGAAUUCAUCAACGGACUCACACAGGAGAGAAACCAUUUAAAUGUAUGGAGUGUGGAAAGAGCUUCAGUCAGAGUGGAGACCUGAGUUCACAUCAUCGAAAUCACACAGGAGAGAAACCAUUUAAAUGCAUAGAGUGUGGAAAGAGCUUCAGUCAGAGUGGACACCUUAGAAGGCAUCAGCGGACUCACACAGGAGAGAAACCAUUUAAAUGCAUGGAGUGUGGAAAGAGCUUCAGUCAGAGUGGAAACCUUAGAAGUCAUCAACAGACUCACACAGGAGAGAAACCAUUUAAAUGCAUGGAGUGUGGAAAGAGCUUCACUACUAGUGGAUACCUUAGAACACAUCAACGGACUCACAUGGGGGAGAAGCCAUUUAAAUGCAUGGUGUGUGGAAAGAGCUUCAGUCAGAGUGGACACCUUAGAAACCAUCAACGGAUUCACACAGGAGAGAAACCAUUUAAAUGCAUGGAGUGUGGAAAGAGCUUCAGUUGGAGUGGACACCUUAGAAACCAUCAACAGAUUCACUCAGGAGAGAAACCAUUUAAAUGCAUAGAGUGUGGAAAGAGCUUCAGUCAGAGUGGAAACCUUAGAAACCAUGAACAGAUUCACUCAGGAGAGAAACCAUUUAAAUGCAUGGAGUGUGGAAAGAGCUUCAGUCAGAGUGGAAACCUUAGAAACCAUCAACGGACCCACACUGGGGAAAAACCAUUUAAAUGUAUGGAGUGUGGAAAGAGCUUCAGUCAGAGUGGAGACCUGAAUUCACAUCAUCGAAAUCACACAGGAGAGAAACCAUUUAAAUGCAUAGAGUGUGGAAAGAGCUUCAGUCAGAGUGGACACCUUAGAAACCAUCAACAGAUUCACUCAGGAGAGAAACCAUAUAAAUGCAUGGAGUGUGGAAAGAGCUUCAGUCAGAGUGGAAACCUUAGAAUUCAUCAACAGAUUCACUCAGGAGAGAAACCAUUUAAAUGCAUGGAGUGUGGAAAGAGCUUCAGUCAGAGUGGAAACCUUAGAAACCAUCAACAAACCCACACUGGGGAAAAACCAUUUAAAUGCAUGGAGUGCGGAAAGAGCUUCACUGUCAGUGGAAAGCUUAGAAUUCAUCAACAAACUCAUACAGCCAUAUAAGUGCUAGGGAAGUCUAUAGAGGUUCAGUUGUAGUUUAAGUCUUGUUGUUGUUGUUUAGUCGUUUAGUCGUGUCCGACUCUUCGUGACCCCAUGGACCAUAGCACGCAAGGACUCCUGUCUUGCACUGACUCCCGCAGUUUGGUCAAACUCAUGUUGGUAGCUUCGAGAACACUGUCCAACCAUCUCGUCCUCUGUCGUCCCCUUCUCCUUGUGCCCUCAAUCUUUCCCAACAUCAGGGUCUUUUCCAAGGAUUCUUCUCUUCUCAUGAGGUGGCCAAAGUAUUGGAGCCUCAGCUUCACGAUUUGUCCUUCCAGUGAGCACUCAGGGCUGAUUUCCUUAAGAAUGGAUAGGUUUGAUCUUCUUGCAGUCCAUGAGACUCUCAAGAGUCUCCUCCAGCACCAUAAUUCAAAAGCAUCAAUUCUUCGGCGAUCAGCCUUCUUUAUGGUCCAGCUCUCACUUCCAUACAUCACUACUGGGAAAACCAUAGCUUUAACUAUACGUACCUUUGUAGGCAAGGUGAUGUCUCUGCUUUUUAAGAUGCUGUCUAGGUUUGUCAUUGCUUUUCUCCCAAGAAGCAGGCGUCUUUUAAUUUCGUGACUGCUGUCACCAUCUGCAGUGAUCAAAUAGCCCAAGAAAGUAAAAUCUCUCACUGCCUCCAUUUCUUCCCCUUCUAUUUGCCAGGAGAUGAUGGGACCAGUGGCCAUGAUCUUGAUUUUUUUGAUGUUGAGCUUCAGACCAUAUUUUGCACUCUCCUCUUUCACCCUCAUUAAAAGGUUCUUUAAUUCCUCCUCACUUUCUGCCAUCAAGGUUGUGUCAUCUGCAUAUCUGAGGUUGUUGAUAUUUCUUCCGGCAAUCUUAAUUCCGGCUUGGGAUUCAUCUAGUCCAGCCUUUCACAUGAUGAAUUCUGCAUAUAAGUUAAAUUAGCAGGGAGACAAUAUAUACAACCUUGUCGUACUCCUUUUCCAAUUUUGAACCAAUCAGUUGUUCCAUAUCCAGUUCUAACUGUAGCUUCUUGUCCCACAUAGAGAUUUCUCAGGAGACAGAUGAGGUGAUCAGGCACUCCCAUUUCUUUAAGAACUUGCCAUAGUUUGCUGUGGUCGACACAGUCAAAGGCUUUUGCAUAGUCAAUGAAGCAGAAGUAGACGUUUUUCUGGAACUCUCUAGCUUUCUCCAUAAUCCAGCCUAUGUUUGCUAUUUGGUCUCUGGUUCCUCUGCCCCUUCGAAAUCCAGCUUGCACUUCUGGGAGUUCUCGGUCCACGUACUGCCUAAGUCUGCCUUGUAGAAUUUUAACUUUGCUAGCGUGUGAAAUGAGCGCAAUUGUGCGGUAGUUGGAGCAUUCUUUGGCACUGCCCUUCUUUGGAAUUGGGAUGUAGACUGAUCUUCUCCAAUCCUCUGGCCAUUGCUGAGUUUUCCAAACUUGCUGGCAUAUUGGGUGUAGCACCUUAACAGCAGAUCUCUGGUUUUCCCCAUUCUAUUGUUUUCCUCUAUUUCUUUGCAUUGCUCAUUUAAGCUCUUGUCUCUCCUUGCUAUUUUUUGGAAAUCUGCAUUCAGUUUCCUGUAUCUUUCCCUAUCUCUCUUGCAUUUUGCUUGCCUCCUCUCCUCCGCUAUUUGUAAGGCCUCGUUGGACAGCCAUUUUGCUUUCUUGCAUUUCCUUUUCCUUGGGAUGGUUUUCGUUGCUGCCUCCUGUAUAAUAUUACGAGUCUCCAUCCAUAGUUCUUCAGGCACUCUGUCCACCAAAUCUAAAUCCUUAAACCUGUUCCUCACUUCCACUGUGUAUUCUUAAGGGAUUUGAUUUAGAUUGCAUCUUACUGGCCCAGUGGUUUUUCCUACUUUCUUCAGUUUAAGCUGGAAUUUUGCUAUAAGAAGCUGAUGAUCUGAGUUACAGUCAGCUCCAGGUCUUGUUUUUUGCUGACUGUAUAGAGCUUCUCCAUCUUUGGCUGCAGAGAUUAUAAUCAAUCUGAUUUCGAUGCUGCCCGUUUGGUGAUAUCCAUGUGUAGAGUCGUCUCUUGUGUUGUUGGAAAAGAGUGUUUGUGAUGACCAGCUUGUUCUCUGGACAGAACUCUAUUAGCCUUUGCCCUGCUUCAUUUUGAACUCCAAGGCCAAACUUGCCAGUUGUUCCUUUUAUCUCUUGAUUCCCUACUUUAGCAUUCCAGUCCCCUGUAAUGAGAAGAACAUCCUUCUUUGGUGUCAUUUCUAGAAGGUGUUGUAGGUCUUCAUAGAAUUGGUCAAUUUCACUUUCUUCAGCACCGGUAGUUGGUGCAUAAACUUGGAUUACUGUGAUGUUAAAAGGUCUGCCUUGGAUUCGUAUCGAGAUCAUUCUGUCAUUUUUGAGAUUGCAUCCCAUUACAGCUUUUGCCACUCUUUUGUUGACUAUGAGGGCCACUCCAUUUCUGCUACAGGAUUCUUGCCCACAGUAGUAGAUAUGAUAGUCAUCCGAACUGAAUUCGCCCAUUCCCUUCCAUUUUAGUUCACUGAUGCCCAGGAUGUCGAUAUUUAUUCUUGUCAUCUCAUUUUUGACCACAUCCAGCUUACCUCCACUCAUGGUUCUUACAUUCCAGGUUCCUAUGCAAUAUUUUUCUUUACAGCAUCAGACUUUCCUUUCGCUUCCAGGCAUAUCCGCAACUGAGUGACCUUUCGGCUUUGGCCCAGCCGCUUCAUCAGCUCUGAAUCUACUUGUACUUGUCCUCUGCUCUUCCUCAGUAGCAUGUUGGACGCCUUCCGACCUGAGGGGCUCAUCUUCCAGCGUCAUAACUUUUAUAUGCCUGUUGUCUUUGUCCAUGGAGUUUUCUUGGCAGGGAUACUGGAGCUUGCCAGUUCCUUCUCCAGGUGGAUCACGUUUUGUCACAGGCGGUGCGUUGCGACUGCUCUAGAAUAACGACUCUCCAGACCUUUGCCUUUUCAUGCUUCUAUUAAGUGCAGGCUAUUUUCAGUGCUAGAGCUAUACAGGAUACAUCCGCUUAGUCUGACCCAGAACCCUGGAAUGGCGCGCUCCGCGUCUUCUUCCAACAUAAGAGUCUGGCCACCCCAAAUCUCCUCCUGCGUAAUUCCGGAACCGGAGGGAAAAAUGUCUCCUUUCCAUGCUUUCCUUCUCCCCCUCUUUCCCCUCUCGCUCUUCCUCUCCCACAUGCAGCAGGGGCUCUCCUAUGCUACUAGAGCCCCGUCUCCUUCCUCCUAGCUCACUGGUCUCUUCCCCCUCCCCGCUGGCGCUACUGCUGGUGGAGGAGCUGCUCCUCAGGAUGGGGGGGGCUCUCUGUACCCUUUCCCCCUCACACGUUUAGUCAAAACUCUCCACUAUGACCUGUCCAUCUUGGGUGGCCCUGCAUAGCAUGGCUCAUAGCUUCUCUGAGUUAUUCAAGCCCCUUCGCCACGACAAGGCAUUGAUCCAUGAAGAGGAAAGUCUUAGAAACCAUCAAAAGACUCUGAGGGGUAAGAGUUGUAAGGCUGGAAACUCUACAAGCCAUCAAUUAACUCAAAUAAGAGAAAUGGUUUAAAUAGAAGUAGUGUGGGAUCUGCUUUGGUUAUUAUGCUUUUCCAAAACAUCUACUGACUUCCAUGGGGUGCAACCACUUAGAGUGUAGAACGUGUUUCUCUGAGUUGACACUUUAUUUCACAUCAACAACAGGAAAUCAAUCUUAAAUGCAUGCAGCGUAUGUGAGUUUCUGUUGUUUGUAUGUAACAUUGUCUAGACAUGUAUUUAAAGUAAUGAAGAGGACAUUUCACAAUAGUAAGCAUAAUAUAAUAUUUAAUGUAUUGUUAUAUAGGGAGGAGGAGUGUGUUAGUCUCUGGAGUGUUGCUUCUGAAUGAGGAUGGACUGAGAGUGAGCUGGUUCUGGUGUUUGGUGGAGGGAGGUGGAAAUGUUUGUAUCUGGGAAUGGAGAGUUGCACAAAGUGGGGCUGAGACUGGGGGUGUUGAUUUGGAAGCAGAGUUAGAUUAAUAUUAUAGGAACAGCAGCAUCACUCCCACUGUUAUAAUUGCAAUAAUGGAACCAUGAAGACACAUAAAAAACUGAAAGCGCCGACGGUCAUCUUGAAACCCUCACCUUUUCUUUUGAUUUAUAGAUAUAUUGUGUAUAGAUAUAUUUGGUGACAGGAGAAAUAAAAGGGGUAUUUAGUGGCCUAAA